AUGACAAGUACUAUCGAGGACGCAGAAAAAUGGGCAAAUGAUGGGAUCGGAGCUUUAUCUAUCUCUCUCGUGCGAUCGACCGAUCAAACCGCUCAACUUGGUAAAACGGAACAAAACUUAGUGGCAUGCUUUCAUCCUAAAUUCGUUUACCCUAUCUUUGGUCAAGAAGAGACGAUCUAUGGAUACCAGGAUUUGGACAUACAGCUACAAUUCGAUUCUUCUUCACUCAAGAACUACCUAUCAAUUCAAUACAAAGCCAAACUACCAGAGUCAUCACCCGUUAAACCUGAUGAAAUUGAAGAAACACUUUACAAAUUCAUUCCACCAGAUUAUACCAAAUCUGAAGAAACAUUUAAAAAAGAAAUUGAAGAAACUUUUGAAAAGGGUUUUAUUCCACCAGGUGAAAAGAUUUCAUCUUAUCGACCUAAUCAUUCUAAAGGAAAAGGGAAAUCAAAUCCAACUCAAAAAUUAGAACCAUGGGUAAAAUGUGAUUCAGAAGAAGAUGAAAAUGAAGAAGAAGUGGUUUAUGAAUUAUGGGCUGCAAAUUGGAAAACACCUGGCUUUCGAGAGUAUCAUCGUCGAAUGCAAGUCUUUACACUACUUUAUAUUGAAGGAGGCAGCUAUCUUGAAGAAGAUGAUCAUCGAUGGGAAUUUGUGGUCUUGUAUGAACGUCGAAAGCGUAGAACAGCCAAUUCUGAACGACGUUACGAUUAUCAUUUUUGUGGAUACGUCACACUCUACUCAUUUUACCACUACCCAUCUUCAAUACGAUUGCGACUCUCUCAAUUCAUCAUCUUACCACCUUAUCAGUCUUGUGGUCAUGGUUCAAUGUUAUAUUCUCAGAUAUUUCAAUACCUAUUAAAACGAACUGAAGUGGCCGAAUUAACCAUCGAAGAUCCUUCCGAGGCAUUUGAAGAUAUGAGAGAUAAAGAAGACUUGAAGUUAUUGAUGAAACAUAAUGUCUUUGACUUGGAACUUUCGAAAUUGAUUCCAGUUGACCGAGAAUGGUAUUUGGCCACUAAGGAAAAGUGGAAAUUGGCGGACCGUCAAUUUUCAAGAUUACUUGAAAUUGCCUUGAAGAUAAGACUAAGUCUCGAAGAAACUGAUCCCAAGGUCGAACGAGCCUACCGAAUUGCAGUUAAAGAAAGAUUAUAUCGCUUUAAUUACGAUAGUCUUGUAAAUAUUCCCAAAGAGGAACGUCGAGAACGUUUACAGCAAACUUUUGAGGGAGUUAUGGAAGAUUAUGAUCGGAUCAUCUCAGGAGAAAGAAGGUGGCAAUUGCGUGGCUAUGGUGAUAUUCACUAUGCAAUUUGUGAGCCUGUAGAGGUAUUAGCACAAAUAUGA